AGCCCCGGUUUGGAAUCUGGUGGUGUGAUUCUUGGUGGCCGGUGGAAAAUCUCUCCCAUUGCGCCCCCAUAUUGUAAUUGGCGCGAGUGUGUGAGUUGGUAGUCACAUGUGUACGGGGUAGCAUGCGCGCUUGUGUGUAUAAAAAUGGCCGUAGAGAAAAAGAGCGCGUGUGUUUUUGAAUACCCUGGUGGAGAGAACGGGCGUUUCGAAUUUUCAAGCUGAUGCCGAAAGUCGCGCACAUGAACGCAUUUAUGCUCAGUCAGCCAAGUCGCUCCGCGGUGUUCGCUCGCGCGAUCGUCUCGAUCGAGGUUUCGGGGUCCGGCACGUUGAUCGAUAUCGAGAGUUUAGAGGGAUCGGUUUCAGAAACGCUAAAAUAUGAGCUCGGACGAAACGGUGGAGGUGGUUAUACCACUUGUGAAAACUAUAACCAACCUGACCUUUCGGAACUUGUCGUACACUGUGAACCAGAAGCACCUGCUGCGUAAUAUCUCGGGCACCCUCAAGUCUGGUAGACUGACAGGAAUUCUUGGACCAUCUGGUGCCGGUAAAUCGACACUGUUGAAUAUACUCAGUGGUUUCAAAACUCAAGAUGUUAGUGGAAAAAUAUUGAUCAACAAUGAAACGGUCGAUUGCCAUAAGUAUCGCCAACUAGUCGCCUACACUGAACAGGACGUACCAUUACUGCAGAAUCUCACAGUCCGAGAAACGCUCCACUAUGUGGCGGAUCUUAGGCUUUCUAAGAACGUUUCCUACAUCCACAAGACAAAGAUCGUUAAUGAUAUCGUAGCCCUGCUGGGGCUGCAAAAGUGCUCCCAUAGUCAAACGCGAACAUUAUCCGGAGGUGAACGGAAGCGACUCUCCAUUGGGUUGGAGCUAGUGUCGAACCCGAAGAUUAUGUUCUUUGACGAACCCACCAGUGGAUUGGAUAGUGUAGCAUCAUAUCAGGUGAUCUCGUAUAUGAGAGAUCUUGCCCGACAGGGUCGGUGUGUCGCCACCGUUGUACAUCAGCCAAGUUCUGAGCUGCUCGAGCUAUUUGAUGAUGUCUAUAUCGUGGUGGACGGAAGGUGUAUGUACCAGGGAUCGUUAGACGAUCUAAUACCAACGCUAGAGGAGGUCGGAUUCAGUUGUCCUCCGUACUAUAAUCGAGCCGAUUUUGUGCUAAAAAUAGCGUCUCAGAGAACUGACGACCUCGACAGUGUGGAGAAACUGAUAGCGCGAGCUGAUACAGCCAUCAACGGAUAUUUAGAGAAUGAUACUACCAAUAUGCAAGAAGGUACCAAUCUGCUGACAGAGAGUAAAGCCGCUUCCCAAUAUCCCAUCGCUUGGUGGAGGCAGUUUGUGGUUCUGGUUCGUCGAACGGCUUUGUGUACCGUUCGGAACAUCACCCUCACACGGUUCCGUCUGCUAGGCCACCUGCUGUUCGGGCUUCUGAUCGGUAGCGUGUUCUACAACGUGGGAGAUGACGGUGCCAAAGUGUUAUCUAACGUGUCCUGUCUCAUUCUCUUCCUCAUGUUUAUCGUGUUCGCCAACGCAAUGACGGUGGUGUUGACGUUCCCACUCGAGAUGGCCGUGUUUGUGCGAGAGCACAAGAGCAAUUACUAUCCAGUGUCAGCUUACUACUUUUCGAAGCUUAUUGCCGACUUUCCGCUGAUGCUUGCCGGUGUAAGCUGUUUCCAGUUGAUCGUGUACUAUCUGACGGGACAACCAAACGAAACCGAGCGUGUAGUGCUGUUCUGGGUCAUCUGCGUACUGUUUGGAUGGUUAGCACAAAUGUACGGCAUGGUGGCUGGCAGUAUGUUCCCGCUCGACGUCAGCCCGUUCGUCGUACCGGCUUCGGUCAUCCCGGCGGUAAUGUUUUCCGGUUUCUUCAUCCGCUACAAUGAACUGUUAGCCGUGUUUAAACCACUCACGUACGUCAGUUACUUUCGGUACGGGUUUGAAGGUUUAGCGCAAGCAACGUACGGUCUAAAUCGUACGCAGCUUGGAUGUAGCGAAAUGUUUUGCUACUAUCGGAAAACAAGCAAAGUGAUGGAAAUGUUGCAGAUGGAACAGGACCGUUACUGGUACGAUGUGGUGGGUUUGGCGGUGUGGAUAGCCGUCCUGCACAUUCUGCUGUACGUCAGCCUGAAAGUAAGACUGCGUCGAAACCGGUGAGGGGAUGGCUGCCGGUACAGUACACUAACUUUCGUUGCAAGGUGACAUUGAAUAUUUCAAAGGACUGUUAGUGCGAGUACCUCAUGUAGAACAAGACACAGGCAAAAUCAAAUUCACAGCAAAUCAUUUUGCUUUUUAACCAAUGUACAAUCCCAGCAAUAUAGAAUCCUACUCCAUUAAGACAAAAACAUGUACUCCCCAGUAAUUGUAGCAAAAUAAAAUGUACACAUUAAA